AUCCCGCCGGUGACGUUAUCUGUCCGUGCACCGGGAAACCUGCUUCUCCGGGCACCUCUCAGGUUAAAGUUUGAAAGCACGACAUGGAUGCUGCUAUUCAGUCCAGCAGCUCAGUGAACAUACUACAUAAUGCUCUCAUCGUCACCAUGGACUCUCAAAGCCGCGUCUUCCAAAAUGGCGCGGUUGCAUUUCGCGGCGACACCAUCAUCGCCGUCGGCCAAUCCGCCGACAUCCUCGAAGAAUUCUCUUCGUUUUCACCUCAAGUGACCGAUCUCCAGGGCCAGUUCCUCCUCCCAGGGUUCAUAAACACGCAUGUCCACACUUCUCAGCAGCUCGGGAGAGGAAUCGCCGACGACGUUGAUUUGCUGACUUGGUUACACCGCCGCAUUUGGCCGUACGAAUCGAACAUGACCGAGGAGGACUCUUACAUUUCAGCUUUACUCUGCGGAAUUGAACUCAUACACACUGGUGUUACAUGCUUUGCAGAAGCAGGAGGGCAGCAUGUGUCGGGGAUGGCGAGGGCAGUUGAAGAACUUGGCAUGCGAGCUUGUUUAACUGAGUCCAUUAUUGAUUCAGGUGAGGGUUUACCUGCAGCUUGGGCUUCUAGGACUACAGAGGAGUGCAUUCAGUCACAGAAGGACCUGUACAAGAAGCACCACAAUACAGCAGGUGGACGCAUUAAAGUAUGGUUUGGAAUAAGGCAAAUUAUGAAUGCAACUGAUGAUUUAUUAUUAAAAACUAGGGACACGGCAAAAGAACUAGAAACUGGAAUCCAUAUGCAUGUUGCAGAGAUACCUUAUGAAAACCAACAUGUUGUUGCCACAAGAGAAGUGGAUCAUGGGACUGUUACACACCUUAAGAAUAUAGAUUUUCUACAGAAAAACUUGCUAGCGGUGCAUACUGUUUGGGUCAAUAAGGAUGAGGUUGACUUUCUUUCUGAUGCUGGGGUUAAAGUUUCACAUUGUCCAGCAGCUGCAAUGCGAAUGCUUGGAUUUGCACCCAUAAAGGAAAUGCUCAAUGCUGGGAUUUGUGUAUCUUUGGGAACAGAUGGUGCACCAUCAAAUAAUAGAAUGAGCAUUGUUGAUGAGAUGUAUCUAGCUUCUUUAAUCAACAAAGGUAGGGAGGUUUUUACCAAGGGAACCACCGACCCAACAGCUUUGCCUGCCGAAACCAUUCUGAGGAUGGCAACAAUUAAUGGUGCCAAAUCAGUACUAUGGGACAAGGAAAUAGGCUCACUCGAAGUGGGGAAAAAGGCUGAUAUGAUUGUCAUCAACGGUUCUUCUUGGUCUAUGAUGCCUAUUCAUGACUGCAUUUCCAGUCUGGUAUAUAGCUUGAGGACUGAGAACAUUGUGUCCCUCAUGUGUAAUGGGCGUUGGAUCAUGAAGGAUCGAAAGAUCUUGACUGUGGAUGAACCAGAAGUUAUGGCCGCGGCUAAGCAUGCCUCCUCAGAACUUCUUAGGAGGGCCGGGAUCCACAUUCCGGCCAGAAUGAGUGUGAUGUGAAGGGUCAACGCGUAGGGCCCACAUCAUCGGCUGAAAGGUAUAAAUGUUGUAAGAAUUGAUGUACGAUAAUAAAUUGUAGAUAUUGCUCGAAAUUUACCCGAAUUUGCAAUUCGGGUAAAUAUUGUAAGUUGACCAGCUUGUUUCUUGGGAAUAUGCAAUUUAAAGAUGUGGAAACCCAUGGUAAAAGGAGUGGUUAAAGCAAUACCCAUGUUUUGUACCCAAUGUUUUGAAUUCCGUGACAGUAUGUUUGGUUCUUGGAAUUCAAAUGGAGAGAAAAAUAGUGGGGAUUUCUCUCCUUUUCCUUACCAAAACAAAAAGAAAAUCAUUUU